AGAAGUAUUCCGAUUUCAUUCGAAGUGCGCUUACCGGAAGAUAGUAGUCACCUUUCCAACUUUUCAAAAUUGUAUUCAAAGAAUUGGUACUAGGAAGCCAAUCGAUUGUAGUUUGUAGUGAUGUCGCAAAACGUUCAGAUAAUAUUUGACCCUCCAAGCGGUGUUUAUUAUGGUGGACAAAUGGUUUCCGGUGUUGUACAAGUCACGCUGACGAAAUCUGUGAAAGUUAAAGGUAUUUCACUGCAUAUUUACGGCUAUGGAAAAGUUGAAUGGUAUGAUCAAAGUAAAAAGAAAAAGAGAACAGGUCGUCCAGAUUACACAGGAACGGAGGAAUACCUUUCAAUGAAUACAAAUUUGGUACAAGCAGAAAAUGAUACAUUGGAAUUACCUCCAGGCAUUCAUUCAUACAUAUUCAAAUGUCAUUUGGCAGAGGACUUGCCUACAUCAUUUGAAGGAACCAACGGUUGCAUAAAAUAUAUUGUAAAAGUGACUUUAGAGCGUCCAUGGAAAUUUAAUGAAACGUACACUGCUGGAUUUACGGUGUUGAGAAUGCUUGACCUUAAUAGAGAGUCUCCACAAUCCAAGCUUCCGAUCGAAUUUGAACACAUGCAAACAAAAAAAUGCUGGAUUUGCAAAUCAACCCCGCUGGUUCUGGUGGUGAAGCUAGCAAAAACAGGAUUUGUGCCCGGUGAGACCAUAUCUGUGAAUGGACGUAUCACCAACUUAGGUCCAAAUAAAGUCGAAGAAGUUCGAAUUUAUUUACGGAGAAUUGUCUCCUAUAGAGCGGAAAAGCCCAUUGUCAGUUUCAUGGAGGAAUGCACCGAUCUAGUGCAUAAAACUUCUGAGCAUCUACAAUCAGGAAGUUCAGAUAUUUUUGUGGAAAACGUACUCGUGCCAGAAGUCCCUCCAACUACACUUUUCCAUUCAAAAAUUAUCCGAAUCAAUUACGAUCUAAAAGUAGAAGUUGUUCUUGGAGCUAAUGAGAAAAAUCCUUUUGUAUUGUGUCCUAUUACGAUAGGAACUGCACCAUUAUUGCCGGAAUUUACAAAUAGUUCGGCUGCUGCUAAUGAGGAACCCGCUGUAUCAGUCCCUGCAGAGGCAAAUGUUCAAAAUGUUUCACCUGUAAGGAGAGCUCCUGAAAUCCCUCCACCAUCUUACGAGGAAUCUAUUGAAAAAAUGGAAAUGAAGCUUGAUGAGGGUGAGGAACAUCCUAUUCAAUCUACUGAGUUUUCUCCCAAGUGUUCGGUUCCUAAUUUGCAGCCAACUGUGUGCGAAAAAAGCUGGCUUUAGCCUAAUACUUAGAUUAAUACGUUAGUCUAAUACUGAUUAUAACCUAAUUUAAUAAAUUUAAUGUGA